AUGGUAUGUGCAUCACAUAAUCAACUACUUAUUGAAGUCAUCCAUUGCGACACAUUCAUAGACAACAGCCUGAUCAACGUGUUCUAUGAGGAGACAAAAGCGUUCGAGGAGCUUGAGGUUCUCCUCGCCAAGUACGACAUCUGCAUAGCCAUCAAGGAGAAGCUGGUCAAGGACUCUGGGGUGGCGGAGGACACGGCGUACGACUAUAUCGUGCAGAAGCUGCUCACCAAACCACGUGCACGAGGAGCUAUAAUAUUCGGGUCGGACCAGGAGGUGGCGGGACUGAUGCGGGCGGUGCGGAGGUGUAAUGCUACAGGCAGCUUCUCCUGGAUCGGUAGUGACGGCUGGUCUGCACGGAGUCUGGUGUGGCAGGGCAGUGAGGCGGAAGUCGAGGGGACACUGAGCGUACAACCACAGGCUAACCCCGUACAAGGUUUCGACCUCUACUUUCUCAAUCUGACAGUGGAAAACAACAAGCGAAACCCUUGGUUUGUAGAAUUCUGGGAGGACCACUUUCACUGCCGUUACCCGAACAGUUCGCGGACUCCUCACAACCAGAAAUACACUCGAGCUUGCACGACCAAGGAGCGACUGACCAGAGACAAUACCGCCUUCGAGAACCAGCUUCAGUUCGUGAGUGACGCGGUGAUGGCCUUCGCACACGCCUUCAAGGACAUGCACCGGGCCGUGUGUAAGGGACGGCCGGGACUCUGUGACGCCAUGAAGCCCACCAAGGGCCCCGAGCUGCUCAAAUACCUGAGGACAGUCAACUUUAAAGACACCAACAACAAUGACAUGGCGAAGUAA